AAGCCGAAGCGAAGCCACAGAAGAAAAACCAAACCAGAGAGAGAGCAGAAGCAGGAGAGAUUAGACUGCUUCGAACUCGGAACUGAAAAACGGCACCGUAAUGGCGGCGGUCUACGUCGACGAGGAGGAGGUCUGGAAAUGUCUGAAACACCCCUCCAAGCGCCGGAAGAGCGGCAUCUGCCACAUUUGCCUCCGCGAGCGCCUCGCCGCGCUCUGCCCCGACUGCGCUAACGUGCGCCCCUGCCCCUGCUGCGCCACCACCUCCUCCGACUCUUCCUCCUCCUCCAACUCCUCCCGCUUCCCCGCCGACGGCGUCCGCGUCGCCAAGCUUCUCGAGAGCGAGCCCUCUUUCCGGCGAUCCCGUUCCGUGGCGAUUCCCUCUUUCCUCCGCUCCAGCUCCCGCUACGUUGGAAGCGGCGGCCGCCUCUUCGACCUCACUACUUCCGGCGACAGGAGCGAGCGGCCAAAGACUCCUUCUUUUUGGUCGUCCGUGUUCCGCUCGUCGCGGAGGAGCCAGGCCAGCGAGUUCAGCGUACAACCCGAGCCGGCCCCGGCGGUGAAGAAGUUCGGCGAGAUUGAAGAGGUGGAACAACAAGACGACGAGGCGGCGAUGAGGAGGACGAUGAUGAUGAGGUCGAGGUCGGUGGCGGUACCGAUGGUGUCGACCAAUUCCGGUUCCUCCGGGAAGCCGCCAACGAAGGGGAGGGGAUGGCAUUUUCCAAGUCCGAUCAAGGCCUUCCGGCAUUCCAAAAUCUCCAAGAUUGGUUCUGAACGGUCGCCUGUGUACAGAGGUUAAUAAUAUAUCUUUUACAAUUAUUAAUUAACAGAAAAAAGAAACUCCUACUAAUAAUAUUACUUCCUUUUUUUAUUUCCUCUUUAAUUCUUUUUGAGUUUGAAAAGGGAAUUUGCAAUGAUAAUAAUUUCCUUGUAAGCAAGCACAACUAUUAUGUGGUGCAAAGUUUAGCCAUUUCAAUGAUUGCAAUCCAUCUGUGUAUCCAUUGGGCUAAAUAUUAAUUUUCAGUUUGAGUUAGUCAUUA